GAAGAGGAGGCAGAGGAAGAAGAAGAGGAGGAGGAGGAGUCCGGGAGGCUGUGCAGCAGACGACGUGAUGGCCGCCAUCUGAUAUCGACUCUUUAAGAUGACUCGCGCGAUCUUGUGCCUCAAAUUAUGACAUCCUGCUGCCAUUAACACUCCCAGAUGCACAAAGAGCCGUGGUGGUGCUGAGCUGACUCACUCGCCGGUAUGACAGCUGUGAUGGCCGCCGGAGACUCAGGUAGCCUGUCACUGAGUGGACUAAUAUCCUCUCUGGAGAAGGCCAGGACCCAAAUAGACAGUGAUGAGGAGGACUUUGGCUUCUUGGCGGACCUGCUUAAGUCGCGGGAACUCCAGGCGCUCGUCAAUGUACAUAAUAAGAUCAACCGCACGCGCAAGACAUGCCAGGCGCUCAUGUCCAACGCGGAGGAGAUUGGCAUUUCCAUCAUGAAGGAGAUACACAACCGCACCAUUCCCUCAGCGGAUGCCAUAGAACUCUUUGCCAUACUGCAGUCGCCGCACCUUCAGGGAGUCCUCCAAGCGCAUGACAGCAUUGCCGCCAAGGACUUCGCGCCACACCUCCCUGAGAUUCCUGUGGAGGUUGACGAGGACGAGGAGACAGUCAAGAUUGUGCAGCUGGUGAAGAGCAAUGAGCCAAUGGAGGGAAAGGGAGCUGAGCCUAUUGUGGGAGCCACCAUCAAGCAGGACGACCGCACCGGCGCCAUAAUCAUUGCCCGGAUCAUGCAUGGGGGCGCCGCAGACCGCUCCGGCCUCAUCCAUGUUGGUGACGAGGUGCAGGAGGUCAACAACUUCAACGUGGUGGGCAAGACUCCGGCCGAUGUCCACAAGAUACUGAUGCAAGCAGAGGGCACCAUCACCUUCAAGCUCCUCCCGGCCAGCAGCUCGGCACACCUCAGGGAGAGCAAGGUGAGGGUGCGUGCCUACUUCGACUACGAUCCCAAGGAGGACAAGCACAUCCCCUGCAAGGAGGCCGGGCUGCCCUUCAACAAGCUGGACAUCCUACACAUUGUGACCCAGGAUGACCCCUACUGGUGGCAAGCUCGGAAGGAGGGCGAUCGCAACAUGAGGGCCGGACUGAUCCCCUCUCGGCAGCUGCAGGAGCGCCGCAUCCUUGCCCACCGCCAGGACCAGACAGCCAACGGACAGAUUGCAGGGUGCAUCCUCCCCAAGUCCCCAAGCUGCCGCCCGUCCCCCAAGGUCAAAAAGAUCAUCUACGACGCCUCCGAGAGCGAGGACUUUGACCGGGAGGAGGUGCCGACCUACGAGGAGGUGGCCCGCCUCUACCCUCGCCCUGGCCUGCCCCGCCCCAUCGUGCUCAUUGGUCCUCCGGGGGUGGGCCGCAACGAACUCAAGCGGCGGCUCAUGGCCCUAGACGUGGACAAGUAUAGAACGCCUGUGCCUAUGACGUCUCGGCCGCCCAGACCCGGGGAAGUGAACAACCGCGACUACCAGUUUGUGACGCGGGAGGACCUGGAAGAGGAGGCCGCGGCGGGCACCCUGGUGGAGCACGGGGAGUUUAAGGGCCACCUCUACGGCACCUCAGCCAUCACCCUGAAGAGCAUGAUCAACGCCGGCUAUGUUGUGAUACUCACCCCGCACUACCAGGCCCUCAAGUACCUGAGAACUGCAGAGUUCAAACCCUACGUGAUAUACAUCAAGCCUCCCACACUUGCCGUGCUCAAAGAGACCAGACUGGCAGCUCACGCGCGCUCAACUUUUGAUGAAAAUAACUCCAGAGGGUUCACUGAGGACGAAUUCAAAGACAUGCUGAAGGCUGCCGCAAGGAUAGAGUUCCACUACUCCCACUGGUUUGACGAGGUGGUGGUCAAUGACGAGCUCUCCUCCGCCUUUGAGCUGCUGCUGACUGCUGUUAACCGGGUGGAGACAGAGCCGCUGUGGGUGCCGGCCUCAUGGGUGCAAUAAUCUGGCGCUAGAUCACCUGUCAGAUAACACUGCCGGCAAUCAGUCAGGCGGAUGGUUCAGCUUCACACAGACAAUUUAUGCUCUGAUAAUAAUACCACCACCACACCACCACCACCAGGGCUCCACCACCACCACCACCACCACUCCAAACCCUACCACUGUUACUCCCAGCAAGGUGUAAAGGGAAAAAAUUAUUGUCUUGAUUUUAUUGACGUGUUUUUCUUUUUUUAUGAAUUUUUCUUGGGUCAAGGAGGGUCGAAAAACCUGACUCCCUCCUCAACAUGCAUAAGUAUGGGGAAAACAGGUUCCCAGUUUGACAGUUUUGGUGGUCACCAAGUUUCUUUGUAAGGCAGCCGUGUCAAGUAGCGGGGGGGCUUCCUGUGCUGGGGUGUUGAGGCCACUGUGAAGGACGUGCUUGUACUGGACAUGACUGAUGGGAUGAAUGCCUUAUGCAUCAGCCUUAGGUAACAUAUUAUGUACCAACACUUGUGUAAGCCAGCAGGGGGACUGUCUUUUGCCUCACUCUGUCUUGGGACUCUACAACAUAGAAAAGAUGUGAUAAUUGUUAUA